AGGCCGGAAGUUUCUUUGUUGUGUGGAAACCCGGAAGCGCGAGCAGGGAGUUGGGGGCGAGAUGGGUUGCGACGGAGGAACCAUCCCGAAAAGGCACGAGCUGGUGAAGGGGCCUCGGAAGAUCGAGAAGGUUGACAAAAAUGCAGAAUUAGUGGCCCAGUGGUAUUACUGCACUCUGAGUCAAGAAAAAUUAAGCAGGCCUAUAGUAGCUUGUGAGCUUGGCAGGCUAUAUAACAAAGAUGCAGUCAUUGAAUUUUUGCUGGAUAAAUCUUCUGACAAAGUCCUUGUGGAGGCUGCAUCCCAUAUCAAGAGUAUUAAGAACGUCAUAGAAUUGAAGCUGACAGACAAUCCUGCUUGGACUGGUGACAAGGGAAAUACAAAAGGGGAUAAAUAUGAUGACAUUCAAAGUGCACGUUUUAUUUGCCCUAUAGUUGGGUUGGAAAUGAAUGGAAGGCAUCGGUUUUGCUUUUUGCGCAACUGCGGAUGUGUGUUCUCUGAACGUGCUCUCAAAGAAAUUAAAACGGAAGCUUGUCACAAGUGUGGGAUCCCUUUUCAAGACAACGACGUGAUUGCACUUAAUGGUACUAAAGCAGAUGUAGAAAUGCUGAAGACAAGAAUGGAAGAGAGAAGGCUAAAGAGUAAAUUGGGCAAGAAAUCCAAGAAAUCCAAGGCGGCAGAAACCAUUGUGAAAUCUGAAGCUGUUGAAGAUUCACCUAGUUCAUCUCAAGUCAGUACUGAAAAGGAUGCCACAAGUAUUAAAUCUGGAGAAAAGAGAAGCAUCGCCUUCUGCAAGGGCACAGGCGUCAGUGAAAGUGUGCCGUCUUCAUCCGGAAAAGGCAGCAAAAAUGCAUCUGAGGCCCCCAAGCGGCCCAUUGCAAGUGGCAAGGAGAAAUCAGAAGCAUACAAGUCUAUUUUUACUUCUCACAGCUCCGCCAAACGCUCCAAGGAAGAAUCGUCCAACUGGAUUACGCAUACAGCGUACUAUUUCUGAAACAGAGAAGUUUUUUUUUAAUUUUCUAGCAGGCCCUGCUCUUUUCCACCCGUCUGCUUUUCCCACUUACAAGGGAGGUCUUUGUUAUCUGGUAUUAUGCAGUUUGCAAAUGAUUUAAGACACCAGCCAAUAUAGUUCUGUACAGUAGAUAAUAAAAGCAGAUAGUUGAGAAUGGCUUUGGGGGAUUUUUUUUUUUAAAAAGGAAAGAGUUUUGAGCAAGUACUAAUCAUUAGCGUCUCUGCCUGUUACCCUUUUCACAAGUGAUGAACUCUUGAUUAUUUCCUUGGUCCUGCUCAGUGUGAAUAAUUGGGAUGCUUAUUAUCCUAGAAGUGUAGAAGUAGGUGACCUGGCUGCAGCAUCCAGGUUGAAUGGGGUCUAUCUGAUACCUCGCAGCCAUUCUGUCGCACAGCCCUGCUUUAGUGGGGAAUUUCAGGAUGGGAACUGAGAAUCAGUUGCCAGCAUUUUCCCCACCCUACCCAGUUUCUUCUAGUUUUGUGACAGCUUUGUAUAGAUGAGUCAAGAUGCAAAUUGAGAAGGUUUCAGCCUGUGGAGGACAUUCCACCACCACCCUUUCCCAAGUAUGAGACUACUUCAGGGGCGUCUCUAGUUCCACAGCACAUGCUGUCAUCUAAUGAUCAAGGGGACUGGAGUGAUGAACCACACAACUGCUUUGCAGCCUCUAUUCUGGCUUGCUCACCUGUAGCAGUGUAGCUCUUACCAAGUUCUCAGAUGUGAUGUUGCUAAAUAUUUAGUUUUAGUUUCCAUUCUUGCAAUUUGUCAAAGUAACAAAGUCUUCUGUAAUUUUCUGACGUCUUGUACUUAACAAAUAAAAGCACAUAUUGCCUCUCAUAAA